AUGCCAGACGUUCAGCCUUCUACCCGCAUCAAAUGUAACGGCCAACGCCCUUCAUGCAUCAAUUGUCAGACAUACGAAAAAGACUGCGUCUACCAACCUGUUCCCGACGCCAAUAAAGCGGAAGGACGGCAGAGACAUCAACGUCUCAAGACCAAAAACCGUAGCGUCAGCGUCAAGGCUCGGACUGUGUCCCCAUGUGCCAGCGCUAGCGGGGUAGUCCGGAGGUCCAACGAGGUGGCAGCACCAACGUCAGCCUCGUCGGUGACGGGUGAAAGUGAAGCAGCCGCAGUACCAGAUGAGCGUAGUAGUCAGCAAGCAAGAAGAAAGAGUCAUGAUGGCACCCGCGGUAGGGGUAGUAGCAGUAGUGGUGACACAAAGCCUGCAAUUGUUCCUCGACAACAAUCCUGGGAUGAACCUGCCCCAGACUCUUCCUCACGACCCAUGGAUCCAGGUGUUGCCCGUCUUCUUGUCCUAGCCAAUGGCGAAUCGAGUUAUCACGGCCGUACCAGCGCGCUGUUUGAAGAUAAUGCCCAAGACCAAGAGCGGCCUGUAGAGCAGGAGAGCAAUCCGCGAAUGCCGGACCACUGGGUAGAACGUGGUCUUAUCGCAGAGGCGGCCAAGCAACGCCAAUUGGAGGACAUUCACUACAGCAAGGGCCAGCUCGACUUUGACGGCGUCGAUCCUGACUUGGGAAUGCAUCUCCUCUCGCUCCACUGGAACCGACAGCACCACUCGUUCUUGAUUACCUAUCGGCCAGCCUUUAUGCGGGACAUGGCCUGUGGUGGACCCUACUUUUCCAAGCUUUUACUCAACGCCAUCUACUUUGGUUCAUCAAAGUUCAGCCCGCGCCUCGAGGUUCGUAAGGACCGAAGCGAUGUGCGUACCGCGGGAUGGAGGUAUCGCGAGAGGGUGCGCGAGCUGUUGGGCGGUUCGCUCGACAGGAGCGACAUCACCACUAUCCAAGCGCUGCUUGUUAUGACCAAUUCGUUGUUUGCACUUGGUGAUGAAAGAAGUGCUGCGUGGUUGUAUGCUGGACUCGCGUUCCGCAUGCUGAUCGAUCUCGGGCUUCAUGUCGACUUGACAAACUCGCAUAUCUUUUCAGAUGAAGACCUCGAGAUUCGUCGUCGAGUAUUUUGGGGAGCUUUCGUGGUCGACAAGAUACAAAGUCUGUACCAAGGGCGUCCUGUCACUCUCAAAGAAGCAGACGCCAUGGUCCCUAUCAAGUUCGUCGACACAUACUCGGAGCUGGAAUUCUGGCAACCCUUUGCCUACUCGACAUCCAAGAACGACUACUCAGGUUCACCGGCCUACAGCAUCUCGACCUUCACUGCCUUGUGCAAGCUGUCCAUCGUGAUGAGCGACAUCAUGAGCUGCAUCUACACUGUGCGGACGACAGAUCAGAACCCAGGCGAGCUUUCCACCAUGCUGGACAAGCUGCAGCGCAAGCUACGUGAAUGGCAGGAUGGGCUGCCUGAUCAUCUCAAGCCUGAAGCGGCGAGCCAGCCUGGCGCUGAAGUUCCUCCGCCUCAUGUUUUGAGUCUUCAUGCCAUGUAUUAUGUCCUUGUAAUACUUCUUCAUCGACCUUUUGUUGCCGAUGGUCAUUUGUACAACACUUUCCGUUCUAUCUCGGUUGACUCGGUUAUGAAAUGCUCCGCAGCGGCAUCCAGUAUAUGCACUCUUCUACGCGCCUAUCACCGCGCCUUUUCAGUUCGUCGCGCACCGUACCUCAUUUCUUACGCGACAUAUGUUGCUGCUACAAUCCACUGUCGUAUCGCCGCGAAAAACGGAAAGGGCUCCACAGCCUAUGCCAAUCUCAUGACAUGCCUGGCCGUCUUUAAAGAAAACCAAGAGACCAAUUCGGCGGUACAAAAGGCUGCGGUUAUUAUCCACAGGCUUAUGAGCAAGUAUGGUGUUGUGGUGGAAGACAUUCCAGAUGACGCAUUGGAUGCUGAACCGGCCACACGAACGCGGGAUCAACAGCCACAGCAACAACAACAGCGCAUCUCCAACCAACCCAACAAUAACUAUGAAGGUCUACCGAAUAGUGCCAAUCCUCGGAACAACAACGGUACACCUUCCAGUCAGGAAAUGCACACUGUCGAAUUGAGUCCCAACAGUGCUGUACCCUCGCCCGGAUCAGACUGGAUCAACAUCGAUGGCAUCAUCCAGAGCUUCCUCCGAGACAAUCAACAGAGCGACUUUAAUAACGAACCAACCGCAUACGGGGCGAACCCGAAUCAAGUUGGACCGUAUCCGCACCCCCAUGCCCAAUUCCAGCAUCAACAGCAGCAGCAACCUCCAAAAAUGGCGCAGCAGGCUGCUGAUGGGGAGCAUUAUCUCCACCAGCAACAACAGCAACCUGUCUAUUUCCCCGCAAAUAACUUUCCCACGGGAAUGAAUCCUGGCCUCAUGACUCCAAAUGUGUCGGUCCCGGCAACAGCUACCGAGAUGGAGAAUGGGAAUUCAUGGCAACAGCAACAGCAGACAUAUUGGCCAUCCAAUCAAGAUGCUGCCUUUUUGGAGGACCCGAUUUUCGGCUUCAACGGCUCCAAUUCUGGAGAGUUUCAAUACAUGGGUCGAUAA